CUGAGAAAUACAGUGAACAGUCCGUGUGGGCUUGGAUUCAGUUUGGCUGCAUAUUGACAUGCUAACUAUAAUGGCUUCAAACGAAACUAAUGCGAUUUGGGAAAUACUGAAACCUAUUGAUUUUGAGGAGAUCAUCCUGGCGUUCUGCUUGUCAAUACUGAUGGGUCUGCUCAUCGGGAUCUUGAUUUUCCUCCUCCUUACAUGGAUGUCAAGACGAAGGAGAGCUACGGUCAGGAUCACCAGACGUCAAGACCAGUCAACAGAAUCUAAAGGCUCACGUAAUCAACGCUGCCACCUCAGACACUACAAGAGUCACGGUUUUGACAAGAACGGUGAAUAUGCGGGAAGAACGACUUUAAACCUCCACAGGCAGACCUCCGUAGACCCCAAUGAGCUGUUGGGCAGAAGCCCCAGCUUUCUGAACUCCACUUUUCGGCCACCACCGAAAAAGACUAACAACACUAGUGAUGAAACAGAGGAUGAUAACCAAGCUGCAUUGAUUCCUAACAUCACAGAUCCAUUUAGUACAGAACCAGCAGAGUCUUUCUGGCUGGGGAAGGGCAGUCUAAGAGGAUUUCUACCCAGACAGACUCCACCACCUGCAUAUGACAGCGUCAUUCACAUCUUUCAAGAGACCCGUCCCUGACUGCACUGUGACAAAACACUAAGGAUUGUACAUAAAUCCCAAAACAUGAACUCUGAUUUGAGAAGAGAUCUGAUUUAUAUACUGACCCUCAUUUGACUUAUCUUCAUGAGAACAGAAACACUUUAGCAAUGUAGGGCGGGACUUCAUUUUGUCAUGGGUAAUUGAUUGGAUGGAUGUGGUUUGCUAUUGGUCGAUCUCAUGUGAGUGACAGGUUGUCCCUCCCUCAGGCCAGUAAACGCAUCAUCAGAGAAGAGUUUGGAAGUUAUUUCGAUUCGAGAUUACAAGGGAACAUGUAUUUAAAAAUAAUUAUGUACAUCAUGUAUAAUAAAUGCAAUUUUCGAUUAAAAACUGUCCAUUUUUAUUUCAUGGUGACUUUAAUGUUAGAGAAAGUAACCUUACUGUAAAGUGUGACCCUUUCAUGCAGUGGUGUAAAAUGUUGAAGUGAAUUGUUUUUAGGUUAUGGCAAUUAAAAAUAACAGUGCUUUA